GAGGCUGCUGGCUGGCGGCCCUUAAGCAUUCACCCCCCGCCUCCUUCCCUGUACUGCAAUCCCCCUGUCCACACAGCACUGAUACAACCAGCGGAGAGCAGGGGCCGCCCAAUUCCUGGCGCUUGCAGCCCGGACCCCCUUCUUUCCCAGACAAGCCUGGACAGACAGCACCUCUCCCAUCACCGGAACAAAAUUACAGCAGUGAGCUAGCAAGGUCAUCAAACAAGUCAACUUCAUCUUCCUCACCUACGGACACUGACUGCGCGACCCGGCAGUGAGAGGCGAGCCCCUCAAGUUUUGUAAAACCAGAUUCUCCCCCCAAGAAAAGAAAAAGCAACUUUCCCCACUCCUCUCUUUGUAUGUCCCUUCCCGAGCCCUGAUGGAAAUUGUUCAUGCUCAAGUGGAUAGCCUCGCUCAAGUGUAUUUGAAGGGAACCAAAGUUGCUUUUCUUUAUUCGGCUCUCUCCUUGCAAGUAGUUGCUGUCAUUCUUGUUUAGAGGAGAGACAGGCUCUGCCUGGAGAAGGAAUAUGCACCCUGGGCUUUGUUGUGGAAAACCUGGUUACCUGGCUUAAUCACUAUGGAUAACAUACUGACCUUGGCCUGAUGUCAUUGAUAUCUGUGGAUUUGUAUAACACCUUUUGAUCAUUGCAACUCCUUGACAAUGAAUGGGAGGUCAUGCAGUAUGAGCCAUCGGACCUCGGGUACUCCCCAUGGUCCUGGGAUGAUCAACGGACAGCAAAUUCCACCUAUCAGAGUUCAUGCAGGAACACCCUGCCCAUCUUCAAAUAGCAGUACCCCAAGCCCAGCUAUUGGAAACUUGUCUACCAGCCUCCACUUGAAGAUGCCCCUUGGAGGAGGAGUAGCUCCUCAGAGCAACAUCACUGAUAGUACCAUCCACCUCCCUGCUUUAAGUCCCAGGAGACAAGUGGUUACAAAUGGGAAGCCUUUAUUCCAAGUCCCACAGCCUCCAGGGCUGCCAGCACCACAGUCUUUAAAACCGAAGCAGCAGGAGUUUGGGAACACCUUCUCCCCAAGCACAAUUAAAGGAGGUCUUGGCUAUGGGCCUCGGGGCAAGUCCAUUGGAAAAGGCAGCUGCAACAAUCUAGUUGUCACCAGCAGUCCCAUGAUGGUUCAGCGACUGGGACCUAUAUCACCUCCUGCAAACCAGGUCUCAACAGCAUGCAACCAGAUCAGUCCUAGCUUACAGAGGGCUAUGAAUGCUUCAAACCUGAAUAUACCUCCAUCAGAUACAAGGUCCCUCAUGUCACGUGAGUCUCUGGCCUCUACAACAUUAAGUCUGUCAGAAAGUCAGUCAACACUGAGUGUGAAACAUGAGUGGUCUCAUGGCUACAGGAUUCUUCCUUCCCUUCCUUCCAACCAAGGAUCUCAAAAUGGCAGUGAGCUAGGGGACAUACUGAGUAUGCCACCUGGAACAUCCAUGUCCAACAACAGUGUAUCUAACUCAUUACCCUCUUACUUGUUUGGUAUGGAAAAUAACCAUUCCCCUUACCCAAGCCCUCGCCAUUCUUCAACCAGAUCUCAUUCAGCCCGCUCCAAAAAAAGAGCCCUCUCUCUCUCUCCUUUGUCUGAUGGCAUUGGGAUUGACUUCAAUACAAUCAUCCGUACAUCUCCAACCUCUCUGGUUGCCUACAUCAAUGGUUCGAGGACAUCGCCAGCGAACAUAUCCCCGCAGCCUGAGGUCUAUGGGCAUUUCUUGGGAGUAAGAGGAAGCUGUAUUCCCCAGCCUUGCUCUAUUCCAAACACUCAGAAAGGUCUUCUUGUGGCUAACAGCAACAUCACCCUCCCAGGUUACGGUGAAAAUGGGACUGUGGAAUACCAGCGGAUGCAGCAGUUGGAACAAAGUAGCUUGCAGUCGGCAGUCAUGAACAACAUGGUGGUUCAACAAGGUAUGCCUCUGAUAGACAGCCAGCCAAGGGGCAUGUUGAAAAGUGAACGUGUGGAUGAUUUUUCAAGCAGCACAAUUGACAUGCCUCCUCCUCCCCCUCUACCACCUCCUCCACCACAAGGUCCACCACCCCCUUACCAUGCACAUCAACACCGACAUCAGCAUGACCUCAUAAACCAUUCCCAUCAACUUGCCUUGCCUUCCUCUGCCCAGGGCCCUUUGUUGGAUGAGGAUGGUGAAUUAGAUGAUUUCAAUGGUAAACACUGCUGUCGCUGGAUAGAUUGCAGUGCUCUGUAUGACCAGCAAGAGGAACUUGUGCGGCACAUAGAAAAGGUUCAUAUAGACCAGAGAAAGGGAGAGGACUUCACUUGUUUCUGGGCAGGAUGCCCUCGACGAUACAAGCCAUUUAAUGCCCGUUACAAACUGCUGAUUCACAUGAGAGUUCAUUCAGGAGAGAAGCCAAACAAAUGCACGUUUGAGGGCUGCAAGAAGGCCUUUUCCAGACUAGAAAAUCUCAAGAUUCAUUUACGAAGCCACACAGGAGAAAAGCCCUACCUUUGUCAGCAUCCAGGCUGUCAGAAAGCAUUCAGUAACUCCAGCGAUCGAGCCAAGCAUCAGAGGACACACUUGGACACUAAACCUUAUGCAUGUCAGAUUCCAGGAUGUACUAAGCGAUACACAGACCCAAGCUCCCUGAGAAAGCAUGUAAAGGCACAUUCUUCCAAAGACCAACAGGCCAGAAAAAAGUUGCGAUCAAGCUCAGAGCUUGACCAGGACAUCCUCAACGAUUGCCUCACUAUUCAGCCUCUCCAACCAGCCCCUUCACCACAUGAUGCUGCAGACAAUACCAUGGGACGAUCGCCAGGGCCUGUUCAUGACAUCUACACAGCUACAAUGUUCUCCAGUACUCACUCAAGUCGGAGUGGAACGGCUGCUGGGGGUGGUCCACCAUCACAUCCUGUCAGUCACCCUUCUCCAGGGCAUAAUGUACAGGGUAGUCCCUGCAACCCACCAUCCCAGUUACCUCCUCUCUCAACUGUAGACUCAGGCACUGAAAGGUUUGCAGCUCCUGCUCCAUCUCCCCACCAUAUCAGCCCCAGGAGAAUUCCAGUUCCCCCUCCCAUGAUGCAGAGACGGACACCCCAGACUCCCCAUCUCCUGCAGACUGCUGGAACACAUCUGAAGACAUACCAGCCAAUAACAAACCCCUCUUUUCAACCAAACAGCAUCCACAUCCAAGGCUUUUAUGGGCAACUACAGACUUUCUGCCCUCCACAUUACACUGACGCUCAGAGGAACAUACAACAUGGAGGCUCUUGUAAUAUGGUCCCUCCUUUUGAAGACUGUCUAGUUCCCACAUCGAUGGGCCAGGCGGGGUUUGAUGUUUUCCACAGAGCUUUUUCAGCACAUUCUGGUAUUACAGUUUAUGAUCUUCCAUCAGGGUCAACAGGUAUCUUUGGUGAUUCAUUGCGCAAUGGGUCUGAGGACGCCAGUUUCCUUCAGAUAAAUGCAGUGGAUCGUUGUCCUAGCCAGCUUUCCUCUGUCUAUACGGAAGGCUAAAAUGAUCUAAUUAUAAUUACAAAUACUCUAUUGCGUAUCAUCUUUCCUUUCUGAUAGUCAAGAACAAAUGUUACAAAUAUCAUUCCUCCAUAAGACUGCUGUAUGUAUGUUUCAGAAAGAGGAGGAAAUGCAAUCAUCAGACACUCAACCUCACAAAAACAGCCAAACAAAGGGGGAAAUGUUGGUAAAACAAGAAAACUUUGCCAAAACUUUAGCAAUUGUUACUUUUUCUUUUGAUCUGCUGCAUGGCAGCACUACUUUUUUUCCCCCCCACCCCAAAGGGAAUUCAAAUACUGAAUAAGUAACCUGCUGCUGGAUGUAAUCUUUUUAAGCCGAAUUGGCAAAAUCAUUUUAGAAUGCAGUUUUGCUGGGGGGGGGGGGGGGAGAAUCUAAGAACUAAAACCAGAGAACACUACAAACAUUUUAAAAGGCUCACCUUCUUGCACAACCUAUUUGUCUGUGGUGCUUACAUAGCUAGAUACACACAAAGACAAAAAAGGGAAAACAAUUUGAGACGCAUCAUAGCACCACCAGCUAGAAGCAUUGUUGGGGCUUCUUGGAGCCAAAGAGCAUUGGUACUGGAUUUCCUGCAAUCCUUGUUUUGGUUUCCUGUUCCAUUCCACUAGAAUUUAAACCUUCCAGAAUGGCUAUUACUACCUUUUUCAAUAUUGUUUCCAUUUUAACAUUUUAUACAAUGAAUAAGAAGAGUUUAACUAAAAAGGCACUAGGAUUUCCUUUAUAUUCGAGCAGCCCUUAUUAGCAUUGCUAUGGAGAAUUUAAUAAAUAAUGAUAAACUUUCAAUAGAAUUUUUAACCAUACUAUGCAAUUUAAAAGAGAGUUAUAUUCCUGAUGUAGAAUGCUAUAGGAAGGUUAAAAAUAACCUGUAGAAAAGAUAUCAUUCUCCAUUAAAUUCUGUAGCUUUUUUUAAAGCAAUUUGUAUGAAACCCUAUUAAAUUUAUAUUGAUUCCUAUUGGCUUCAUCCUUAUGUAAUUCUAUGGGCCUUUUCCAUAAGGCAUGCUAUAUUUAAGGGUUUGUUGAUGUUUGUACUAGGUUAUUCAGAGAUCUACAACUGAGUUGUUAAGUUGUGUUUUUUUUUAACCUUUGGCUGGCCUGUAAGUUUUAGCCCAGGCUGAAAGCAAAUCAGUUUGGCCAUCUUAAAAGCCACAAGUGUAUGGGCAAGGUGGGGAAUGAAGUUAAUCAGUCGAGAUGUGGAUUUUGUCAUUGCUGUGCUCUGGAAAGCAGCUUUUCUUAUCACUUAUUUAAAACUUUAUUUUAAAAUUAUUCAUCCAUAUUGUGAAUAAAAGCGUUUGGGGUUUCUUA